AUGAAAGCUCUAAAAAUGAUGAAAAUACUGGCAGGUGCUGCGUCUGUCCUUUUCUUUGCAAGAUGCAGCGGAAGCAGUGGCUCUUCUAGCGAGGAAGGGCAGAGUAUAGUUCUUGAGCCAUCUAAAAGAGAAAUGGGUGGUAUAUAUGGCGGCCUAGUCUGCAAUCAAAACUGUGCUAGUAGAACGGAUAGGGUAGAAAAUAGCUGUGGCACAUUUAAACAGUAUAGAGAAGGUUUCAGCGUGAUUAAACACACUUCUGCCUGCCCCAUUGGAAUCAGUAGAUUGUCUAUAGGAGAAAAAAGAAAAGAGAGCAGUUACAACUUGUUGAAUGCAUGCACAGAUCACUCUGUGCCCGAGAACAAGAAGAGGAAGAAGGACAGUCUGCUAGAAGGAAUGCUUACUGCCAGUGGCCAGCCAAUUAAGAACGAAGUCACAUUGGAGGGUGAAGAAGAGCAGCCUGUAGCAAAAAGUGCAAAAAAGAAAAACAUAAAUGGGUUUAACAUCAACCUAUGGGACAACAUGGGCCAGCGGCUAAGAAACAACAGAAGAAAAGGCUACAGAAUGAGACACAGAACAAUCUAUGUUGUUGACGAUCUUGAUGAGUACAAAGACGAGGAGAUAAAAACAGAGCACUAUAAAAUGAAGCUUAGAAGCAGAAUUGAGGAGUUUGCUGCAAAUUUUGCCCCUCUAAUAAAUACCAAUGCAAUGUGGUACUUCAUUGCAAGCAGCACCACAAAUAUACACACUAAAUACAAAGAUCUUUUGGGGCUGCAGGAGCUCUUUAAGGGCGAGGAGAGAGUGCACAGAAGGAUAAUGGAGGGCAUCCGGGGAUACUACCCAGCUUUGUUUGAAGACAUGAUAGCGUAUAUAGAGAAGCACCAGCCCUUGCGUGCUAAAAAAGACAGCCCCCAAACAGCAUGGAAGGAAACGCUGGGAGACAUUUACAUGCGGAAGUCUCCAGCGCCAAACUAUGCUAUACUGGAGGACUUAGAUAGCAUCGGCCGACUAGACAAAAAGUGCCACGCGCUUGUGCAUGCUGUGCACAUGGCUCUGGCGCUGCCUGAAGUGUACCAAGACUUUUCCAACAUCACUGAAAGCCUUAUAAAAGAGACGCGCAUUUCAGAAAGCUCAGGUGCAAACCAAAGCUGCCAGGAAGUUCUACUGGCAAUGCGCAAGAUAGUGCAGCUAAAUAUAAACAAAGAAACAGAUUAUAUGCUGUACAAAGAGAUCUACAGCCAUCUUAAAAACGUAUGUGCUGAAGACAAAAAGCCACUGGACAGUCUGACAGUUAUUGAGCUGUACAGAGAGAUAUAUGCGCUUCUUUCAAGCUUCUAUGAGAAAGUAAAAGUGAUUGUUGCAGAAAAAGAAUAUGUGCUGGCAGGCAAGUGCGUAAUAAAAAAACAGGUGUACAUAAAGUGCGAGAAAGUAGUAGACGUAUCCCAAGGCAGCUUGGAUAAAAAGGUUCUGGUUCCUACGUACUCAAUAGAGGAGAACCUGUGGCGAGUUUCAUCUAAUGUAGAGCCGCACUACCACGUGUACUAUGUGGACAAUACAACCCAACAGCCCAGGCUGCUGUGCAUGCCUUUCUAUGUAGACAAAAACAACCAAAGACAAUAUCUGCACACAAUCGAUGAGAUAGUAAGAUAUAUAAAGGUGCUGCAUAAAAUAGACCACUAUUCAGACUACAUACACCCUUUUAAAGUAAGAAAAGGGACUAGAGAGUGGUCGUACGUCAAGAAAGGAGAAAGAGCUCUCACAAUAGGAGACCUCGCAGAGUACGAAGUGGUGUUCUAUCGCUUUGAGGAGGGCUUAAGCAAAAGAAAGCUUGCUUUUGUGGAGUUCAUCCCUUUAAACGGGCAUGAGGAAGAUACUCUUUGCAUACCGCUGUUUCUUUCUUCUCUGAUGCAGUCUGCUGUGGAGUUUGGGCCUUUUGUUGCGGCAGAUGCCCACAAAGAGAUGCACUCGAUAGAGUUUGAAAACAGAGUGCCGGACGUGUACGAGUAUGAUAACGAUUACUCGGGCCAUAUAUACUCGACUUUGCACAGCUACUACAGCCGCCUGUACAUCCUGCUAGAUGAGGAAAAGAGAAAUAACAUAGAGUGCUAUAGUAUGAACUGCCGUGUGAGCGAGAAGAGCAACGGCACUGUCAAAGCUGUGUGGCGCGCGAGAAUAUUGGACGGCAUGGAUGAGUAUACGCACUGUGCGCUGGACUGCUCUUUCAAAGAAAAAGAAAACACAGAAAACCUUGAUGCUUUUGUUGACGCAUUGGAGUCGAGGGAGUACAACAGGGACAGCGAGCUGCAGGGCUUUCUAUUGCAGAAUAGCAACGAUAAAGGCAGUGAGCUGGCACUCUCGCUCCAGAACAUAUACAAUCUAACAGAAAUAAACAAGAGCCACAAUAAGUAUGCCAUUUUCUAUAGCUUAAAAGAGCUUGAAGCAAUGCUAGCGAGCGAGAAGCUGAAGCUAAAGGAGAUAGAAAAGGUGCAGAAGGCUCUAGGAGGAAAGAAAAAAAACGAUCCACUGCCGCUCAGAAGACGCAAGGGUGCGGUAGUCUGUGCAAAGUACAAACAGAAGAACAGAUUAGAAAGCAUAUGCGAGGCGCUAAGUAUAAAAAAAUCUAGAAAGAUAGACCUGCAAACAGGCUUUGUUGUAUUCCGACGCGUGAACCACAGCAAGUCCAAUUUGGGGGUGCACAACGAGGUUCUUGAUGUGCUAAUUUCGUGUUACAACUACCAAAAGAAUGUCUGUGAGGAGUAA